CUUGAAAUUGGCCUUUUGGACUCGUCACUUUUCUGCAAAAGGCACCUCAUUAAGUGACUUAGAGACACCACAUACGUCUCUAGUAUUAAAGAAGGCUUGCAAUGUCUACAAUGUUUACUGAGGAAACAAAUCAAGAGAGAAGUGGAGUCUUGUGGCGAAUGCAAAAGCCUGUUUAUGACGGCCUGGUGACAUGAAGGAAGGUUGUCGUUGUCCCCACAGAAAGCCUGCGGUGGAUUCAGAGUGGACAGCGACGCGGUGCUGAAAUGCAGCCCCGCUGUUCUCUUGGAGAAACACGGAGGGCUGAAUACUUACUCAUGCUGCUGGCAUUCAGCGUCUCUGAAUCACACAUUCGUACAGGCCCCGAUGAUGGUCAGCCCCCCCGGGGGCCAGCAUCUGUCACUCACUGUAGCGUCCUUAAAGAAGGGUCAGUAGGCUACAACCAGAAUCUCAGCGGUUUCCACUCCUUUUGAAGCAGUCAGCCCCUCCCUUUCGUCGCGUCCAACCGGGCUCAUUUAAGGGAGUGCAUCGUGGCUUUAGCCCACCUGCUAAUCACCAAUCACGUAUGGUCUCAUGGGCAUUGGGUUGCUAUUCUGCAUUUUCAGCUUCGUUAAUCAUGUUUUUUUCCACUUCCUCCUGCACUUUUAAAUUGGAUCCCGGCGUGGUCCUCCACACUUGAAGCUGUUGUGCAAUGUGCUUUGUUAUCUGCUGGAUGAGUGCUGCUGAUGCCGGAUUUUUUUCAGGAACCCGAUGCAGUCUGAAGUGAGGUUGUGAGUAAGCCGGCGAAUUUAUUCUCAAGAGGAAAUGGCCUUUCGGUGUCAUUCCAGUAUCCAGCAUUAGUAUAACUCACGAGGACUUGGUACCACUCGCUAUGUUUGCGUUGGAUUUUGUUUGAUGAUACCGGGACACUUAACAGGAGACCUCGUCGAUGUUCCACCAGGUUGUGAUGGUCUGCGUUAUCAUGGAUGAUUCAUAAUCGGCUACACAGCCGCCAGCUCCCAUUCUGUCAGUUAAUUAUUGUUCUUUGAAGCUGCUUUGUUCCAGCUGACCUUGAGGAGAGCUGCUCUGGAGUAACUGCUUCAAUAUGUGGCUGAGGUCGUAGGAUGCAGUCUCUGUUCGGCGGAGGGGAGCUGGGGCUGCUGGGAGGAGGAGGAGGAGGAGGAGGAGGCGGCGGCGACGGCGGCGGCGGCCUGAAGGACGACGGCUGCGGCGGCGUGGCGUGGCGCUCCUCGCCGCUGGGCCCCGCCGACGUCUACUCGGCCUCGCACUUCGCCCUGGUCAGCGCCUACCAGGACAUCAAGACGAGGCUGGCGCUGCUGGAGCGCGAGAACACCGGCAUCAAGAGGAAGCUCAAGAUCUACGAGAUCAAGUUCCCCAUGAUCAAUGAGUUCGGGGAGGACACCAACUCCUACUGCUCCUUUGAGAACAAGGAGACGGCGCUGCUGCACUCCGAAAACGGCAGCCUGCAGCAGCGAGUCAACGUGCUGACCCACGAGCUCCAGAAGAGGAAGGAGCGAGAGGAGCAGCUGGAGGACGUGAUCCAGGCCUACGAGAAGAUCCACAUGGAGAAGAGCAACCUCCAGAGGGACCUGGACAAUAUGAGCGGCCUGGUGGAGAAGCAUGUGGAGCGCAUCCUGGGCCUGGAGUCGGCUCUGCGGCAGAGGGACAACUCCCUGCAGAAACUCAACAUGCAGCUGCACAGCAAGGACAUGCAGUACCUGCAGCUGCACGCCGGGCCCGACGCACGCAUGCUGGACUGUCCAGCACUGACCCUGCAGAGCUCCCGUAGCCUGGACACCCUGUCCGACCUGAAGAUGCAGCGGCUGGAGGCUGAGCUGGAGGGGGCGCGGCACGAGGCCCAGGGGGCGUGUCGGAGGGAGGAGGAGCUGAAGGGGGAGUGUGAGAGGCUAAAGGAGGACAUCAGGAUGCUGCAGGGCAGCCGGAGGGACAGGGAAAUGACUUCUCCGUGCAAGCAGUGUGAUGUGGAGUGGAUAAAGAAGGUGGGAGACGAGCAGGUGAACCUGGCCCUGGCCUACACAGAGCUGACGGAGGAGCUGGGACGCCUCCAAGCGCUGAGCUCCAAGCAGACGGAGAUCCUGAGGAAGGCCUCGCAGGAGCAGGCUGGUCCUGCAGUCCAGCGCCCCUCCCCCGUCCACCACCAGCGCCACUCGCCGGCGCCCCAGCGCCACUCCCCCGUCCCUCAGCGCCACUCCCCCGUCCCUCAGCGCCACUCCCCCGUCCCGCCCCCCCCGCACCACUCCCCCGCCCCGCAGAGACGCUCCCCGGUGCCGCAGCGCCUCUCCCCGGACACCCACCGCCGCUCCCCCCUGCUGGACGUGGGCGACGGGCCGGCCUCUUACUCCUGCCGACCCCCCAGCCAGCACCUGAGGGCAAGCUUCCAGGGCCGCCGCAGCUACUCCGAGGUGGCCGACCCCUCGGCGUACCAGUGCCCCCCCCGCUUCGCCCUGGACCCCGUGGCCACCCUGCCCAAGCCGCGGCCCUACGUCGACGGCUACGCCAAGCAGCCGCGCGGGGCCCCCUCCCGCCGGGGCUCCCCGUCCCACCACCAAGGCGGCGCCGGGGCCGGCGACGGGGCCCCCGGGGAGAGCUCGGCGCGACACUCCAGGGAGGCGCCGUUCCCGCUGUCCGAGGUGGCCCACCUGCGCUUUGAGCCCCCCCCGCCCUCCGCGCCGGCCCCGCGGCCCCCCCCGCAGUCCUCGGAGGAGGAGGAGGACGAGGAGGAGGAGGAGGAGGAGGAGGAGUGGAACUGCCCGCACCCCGUCAGCCCGCCGCGGACGCUGGGCGCGCUCUCCGCCGCGCCGCCCUGCGCCGCCAUGAGGGGCCCGGCGUCCUGCUCGGUCUUCCCCAUCCCUCAGAGGUCCAACACCCUCAGCUGCCACCCGCAGCCCGGAUACAUGUCAGCAGAGCACGCCCAGUCGUGGCCUUCGAUCAACCUCUGGAUGGAGACGGAGGAGAGCGACAUGCGGAGCUGCCCUCUCUGCCAGCUGAUAUUCCCCAUGGGUUACCCCGACGACGCCCUCAUCAAGCACAUCGACUCCCACCUGGAGAACAGCAAGAUCUGAUCGCCACGGCAACCGGCCCGCGCACACACACACUCCUCCUCCUCUUCUUCUUCUUCUCGCAGGCUACGCACGCGGCACGGGGGGGGGCCCGAGGAGCGCAGGGGACGACCGGUCGGCUGGGGACGACCGGUCGGCUGUGCACGCCGUGAUCUCUGAGUCUCAUGACCCCCCCCCCGAGUGCUGAGUCCCUCGCGGGGUCGCCCUCCAGUCGGCUCCGCCCCGUGUAAUCACCGGUUCUGGUUUCUGCCGUUUUGUAAAUGAGUCUUGUCGUGUGGUUUCAGCCGGUUUCAGGUAUUGUGUUGUUGUUGUUGUUGUUGUUUUUUUUGCCCGCUUCACAGUGUCGUCACACGUGGAUUCAGCAAAGCACGAGGCGUGAGAGGGUUUGUGCCCAAAGGUCAGGGUUCAUCACUUCAACAAUCAGGGAGACUAUUCUCUACACUUAGCUUUACCUGCUUGGACGUUUUCUAUCACACACACACACACACACACACACACACACACACACAGGGGUCUGAGUGACAGGCUUUUCUGUGGCAGUGGAGAAAAGUAUCAAACAUUCCAGACAUUUUAUCUGCUGACGAAACAAGCUGGAGAACAGGAGUGUGACGAUGUGCUUGGCUUGAAGCCAUGAUGAUGAGGAGGAGGAGGAGGAUGAGGAGGAGGACGAAGAUGCCCUGCAGGGCGGGGCACUGCUUCUUUGCACUUUUCUGCAAGUGCGGUGAAAAGGAAAUAAGUAUUUUAGCACUUUUGAGUUAAGCCUACACGACGCAUGCGUCUGUAUCGCUUCCACCUCCAUCUUUACGGCCAAACAACAUCCAUAUUAAUAAAUAUUUUUGCACACGUCGAUGUUCCUCCCGCGAGCUGCACGUAGAAGGGUCGGGGGUCAAAGUCCCCGCAGCAUUGGAUGCCCUUCCGUGCAGAGACUUUGAAAUUACCGACUGGGAUUCCUCUCGGUCUGAACCAAACUAAAACCGUUUUGAUGUCACGACUGCCCAGACCACCCGACAAAAACAACAACAAAACAAAGAGAGACACGCGGCUGCAUGACACCUGCUUUUUAAAUGUACUGUAUCCUUAUCUCGGGAGAUCUCCUACCAGAAACUCUGUCACCGAUCAGCAGUUAUCUCUGCAGGGUUUCAGCGGAGAUAACCCUGUGCUUUCUUCUUUUGAAACGUGGCUUCCAUUUGCUUCAAAAGCGGAAUCUUGACUCGAAAUCUGCUUGCGGGACUUGAACUUCUUUUUUGAAAAGAAAAAAAAAAAAAGCUAAAAAAAAAGCUAAAAGAUAAGACAAAACAACAAAGUUACACUGAUGUCAGCUAAUCUGAGUCUUUCAGUUGCAUGUGCGGUUUUCUGAUGUACUGUAGGGGACGCGCCUACGCACCCACCCAUGCAUUCACACUGUUUGGAAGCCACUGAAGAGGUGAAACGCGGUAGAUUAGAGCACAGAGAGCCGCGGUUGUGGCGGCAAGAAAUACGUAGGACAUGGGUUUCGAGUCCCCGCCGACGUACCCUCGAGCAGCACACUGAAGCUCUCUGAGGCUUUGCUCCAGGAGCCCCGAGAGGAACAUUCAUUUCACCAUGGUCUUAUUCUAGUGGGUUCAGACAGUGAUAAUAACCUUGUUCAUUGCUGAGAUCUGGGAGAAGGCGGACGAGCUAAAUGCUAACAGGCUAGCCAGGAGGCCUGUUUAAUCCAACACCCCCCCACCCCCCCAACGAAUAAAAUCUCUCCGUUUGCUCAGUCAAGAACAACAAGUCCACACAGUUCAUUCAAAUUUGUACUAUUGUCUUAUACUGUAAAUCUCUAAAAACCAUUAUAGUUUUAUAGAGAGUAGUUUUUACUCAGACAGAAGUCCAUUUAAAAUGAAGGUUAACCGGGAGCUUUUUAAGCUGCAACAGCUUUCUCUGUUUUGGAUUCUCCGGUUUUCUAUUUCUCCACAAACAAUCAAGCCUAAAUGCGAGAGACUUUGAUUCCAGUCAUUCAACAGUAGAGGCGCAUACAUAAACUGACAUUAAAACAAGUGUUGCACUCUUUUUGCCUUCCUUCUAGACUGUGUUACCUACCCUAGCUUUAAGGAUUAAACCUAGCAGUAACUAAAGUGGUCACAUGACGAGAGGCGUCAGGAUUUGUCAGGUUCAGGGUGUUAACAUAUUUUUUUUUUUAAAGAAAUAAUCGAGUUUUUUAGAAAAGGGAAAUGCACCUCCCACCUCCACUAAACCACGUCCUGGGGAAACCCUGAAAUCAAGAAACAAUGUGAAGCUCAGAGUCUGAAGACCAACAGCUAUUUGUUGAAGAGAAGAGAUGUGUUCUAUGCCCUGUUGUUCAUCUCCGUGGCCUCUUAUCAGGGUUUUGUUCUGGAUAAUUAAUUGGUUUGUUUACAAUCAUAUAUGUAUAUAUAUAUAUAUAUUCUUUUUCUCCACCUGACUUGUGUGUAGGUCAGAGAAAACAAUCUACUUGGGGAUUAUUGUCACUGAUAGAACCACACUGUAAUGAGAUCCUUUAAAGAGCUAAAUUCUGAAUUAAACCUCUUAAGGCAGUGCAGAGAUACUUUGAAUGAUUCUAUACUAUAUGUGUGUUCCUACAUCACUCUAUACAAAAUAAAUUGUAUAUUUAAGCUGUGUA